AUGGACUAUCCACAGGUAUCUCACUCUUUCGUGGACAGCGAUCCGACGCUCGUUCUCCACACCUUUCCAGUCCAAGAUGCUUUCGUCUGGCGCCAUGAGCAGGGAACCAUGAUCGAGAUGGGCAACGAAGCCAUCCUCCUGAAGCGAUUCAAUGACAGACGCACGCCUUUCAGAUGUUGGCCCAUCUCCCCUAUCCCCGGUUUCACUACCUCCUUUGCCAAGUCCUGGCUCUUGAUGGUCAAGGUCCCACCCGUUACAGACGACGUUGGUUUCCCUGCUGAUGGUGACCACUUUUCGGUCGACCUGGAGAGGACAGUCAUGGUGGGCAGCGAUGGGUAUACUCUGACGAACCUCUCCAGCAGCCGGAUCACGAACCCCUAUGAAGAGAUGACAGACGUGGACGAAAACAUCCGCAGGUGCGCGGCAUUCAAGGUUGAUGUCCCGCGUUCCUGGGAAGGUGAAGGCGGCACGAGCAUCGAGCUCGAGCUCAUGGACAGGUUCCGGAUUGCGUCUAGCAUAGACGAUGUGCAGAAUAUCACAGUCAAAGCCAAGUCACAAAUCAUCACCAUCCACCUAGAGACUGUGGCCAGGACACCUGAGGCCGAGCUCGAAGCUCUCCGCAGUUUCGUUUUCGAGAAAGGAUGUCACGGUGGUCGCACUCCCCCCGCAAAGUCGAUGACGGCGUUCCGGACGAUCCAGAACUUCCACGGUGUUACCUGGGAAUACACCGACCUCCAUGCAGAGUUCCCCCAGCUCGCGAACCCCACGAGCCCCUCGUAUCGGGUGUCCCCGUUCCUCCAACAGAAGGUCAAAGAGUUCAAUGCAGACCAAAAAGCAGCGUACGACGGACUCACCCAGAUUCGAAAUGGGCUUUUCUUUGUCAACGGGUGUCCAGGUUCCGGAAAGACGGAAUGGAAUCUCGUCCUCUCAGCCCUCAUUCAGUCCAGCCCCCGUCAAGGUUCGAAAAGGAAGCGCAGCCCUAUCCUCUUCCUGGUGGAUAUCAACAAGACGGCCGACGAUGCAGCCAAUCGUUACUUGGCCUUGUGCAAAGCAUCCGGUCUCAACACCAAGGCCAUCCGCAUGUACGGGUGGCCGUACGAGAUGCGCAACAGCGACAAGCUUCAGGGCCUGGCGAACCUGGAAAACCUAGAACUCGAUGACAAGGAUUCCAAGGGGGUAGAUUUCACCAGGACGUUCUUGACAACGGCCAAUCUGGCGAGAAACAGUAGUCUGAAGCGAGGCACUGACAGGGCUCCCACCCUAGACGAAGCAUCCUGGGACUAUUACGAUCUCCGUAGAGACGAAAAGGCCUUUACGCCUCUCUCGGUGUUUCUCGACAAGAUGGGGACGGGCGAAGCACUCAGCACUUCGGACUGGAAGGUUAUGCGAAAGCUAGUCUCGCAGCUCUACCGCAAAGUCCUGGCCGAGGUCGACUUUGUCGCCACAACACCGGUGGCAGCAAGCGGUGCCUUUUCCCGUUUCUUUCGGCCUGGAGUCGUCUUCUUCGACGAAGCGCCCCACGCCCGGGAGCUGUCUACGCUGAUCCCGAUUGCCUACUUUGAACCCCUGGCCUGGAUCUUUACGGGUGACGUCCACCAGACACAGCCGUUCGUCAAGGGCGCCGACAAGCGUAGCGUAGAGCUCCAGGGGCUCAGGUACAACCCGUUUGUGGAGCAGCUUCGAUUUAGCACCAUGGCGCGGGCGGCGACGGUUGGCGCCCUGGAUGGGCAGCUGCUGGUCAACAAGAGAGCGCACGGCAAUCUUCACCGUCUCUCGUCGGAGCUGUUCUACAGCGCCAGCAUGAGGUCGGUGCAUGAGACGCCGGGAGCCAUGUAUCCGCCAAGCACGUUGCACCUCAAGAAACACCUGGAGAGCCUAGGAGGGAAUAGGGGUGGCCUGAGCGAGAACCGAAUUAUUGUACAGCUGGACUCGGGAUGCGAGCGGGAGGAGCGGCGCAGCUUCUGGAACCCGGUGAAUCACCGAUGGGUCAUGAAGCAGGUCGAGAUCCUGCUGAAGGACGAGGCGUUCCAGAGCACCUCCAGCGAGGGCUCGCCGGGGACAGUCAUCAUCAUGAGCCCGUACAGCACGGCGCUGCGGCGAUACGAUGCAGCAGUGAAGCAGUGGCCGGACGAGUGGAGGCGGCGGGUGCAGGUCCUGACGGUGGACAGGGCCCAGGGCAACCAGGCCGACGUUGUGGUUCUGGACAUGGUGCUGACGACCAGGGCGGGGUUCAUGGACGACUGCCGGCGGCUCAACGUGGCCAUCACGCGUGCCAGACAGGCGGAGAUUAUUGUGAUGCACGAGAUGAUGACGAUGCGCAGGGCGCGCGUGAAGACGCGUUACACGUCGAGGCUAUGGGAUGAUGCCGCAGCGGACGGGAGGGUGUUUAAGCUGGAGGCUUAG